AUGGUCGCGGCGAUGCCGAUCACGGUGGCGGGCUGCACGCACGCGACCCUGUCCAACGUGGUCAACGGCGCCUUCCGCCCCGCGGGCGCGAAUCACGGCAAGCCCGUCUACAAGAAGGACCCGACGCCGUCCUCCGCCGGCCUCAAUGUCCUGAUCUACUACUGGGACGAGCGCGACGGGCCCGAGCAGUGUGGCUGGUGGUUCGGGCCCUCGGUCGGCGGCGAGCAGGUCUGGUGCUACAACGGGGACAAGGCCUCGUACACGCCGCCCGCCGACGGCUGGAAGGUCCCCUGGGACGGGGAGGUCGACCAGACGCUCAAGAUCACGACCGGCGCCCCCGGAGCCACGCCCGCCCUCUCCGCCAUUGUGGCGCCGCCCGCCCGGGGGGGCGCCGCCAGGAUGCUGCCUCCACACCUGGCGGGCGCUGCCGCUCGGACCCCCCAGGUGGUGCUGCCGCCGCCCCACGCCCUGAGAGCAGCCCCCAUCGUCGCGCGGCCCAACCCGGCCCUGCAGGCCGCCAGCCUCGGAGGGGCGCCGGCGCAGGGCUUCCUGGCCCCCAGCGCGGACCUGCGCCAGCGCCAGGAGGAGGCGCGCCAGCGCCAGCUGGAGAAGGAGGCCGAGAUGCGGCAGCGGCAGGAGGAGCUGGCGAAGAAGCGGGCCGAGGAGGAGGCGCGGCGUCUGGAGCAGAACGCGGCGCUCGUGGUGCGGAAGGUGAUCCAGCGGUUGCGCAUCGCGACGCCCGAGAAUUUCGAGGAGCUCCGGGGCGAGCUGGAGCUGAGGCAGACGGAGGAGCUGGAGAAGAUGGGGUCCCUGGCCGAGAAGGUGAUGGAGGAGGCCGAGAAGGCGAUGCUCCAGGCGCAGGAGCGGGUGGAGAAGAUCCAGGAGAAGCGCGAGGAGGAAGCGCGCGCGGAGAUCGAGGCGGAGGAGAGGAAGAGGGCGGCGGAGGAGCUCCAGGAGCGGAUCACGGCGGAGGCCGUCGCGACAGUCGAGGAGGCCGAGAUCAAGGUUGAGCUGGCCGCCGAGCUGGGGAAGGGCGCUGGCGAGGCCGCCGGCGAGGGUGAGCCCGAGGACGCCGUCAGGCUCGUGGAGGGUGCCCAGGCCACAGAGGAUGCCGCGAACGUCGCCAAGGGGGCCCUCGACACUGCCUCCAGGGUCUUGACCGAGAAGCGUGCCGAGCUCACCCCCGAGAAAGACUACGCGGCAUUCCUGCGGGCGGAGCUGCGGCCCCUCUUCGGCCGGCUCGCGGUCGGAAGGAGGGUCGUCGAGUCUCUGAAGGAGGCCGCCGCCUCUACGAAAGCAAAGGCGGGUCGGAAGGCAGCGGCCAUCAAGAAGGAGCAGGAGCAGAAGGAGCUGUUCUCGAAGUACGAUGCGGAUGGCGACGGAGCCCUCAGCCGCGAAGAGGUGACGCAGUUCGCAAAAGGCGAGCUGGAGUUCGAUGUGGGCGAGGAGGCCCUCGACAAGAUAUUCAAGAACCUGGCGCCCAGUGGGCCGGGCGUGCCCGCGGAGAGGUUCCCCCGGCUGCGCUCCAUGCUGGCCAUCGCCAAGUCCGAGGUCUUGGCGAGAGAAAGGCGUGCCAAGGAGGAAGAGGAGGCGCGCAUCAAGGCCGAACUGGAGGCCAAAAGGAAAGAGGAGGUGGCCGCGAAGAUCGCCGAGCUGGAGAAGGCGCUGGAGCCGCUCGCCGCCGCGCUGGCCGGGGCGGAGGCCGCGUCCGCGGAGGCCGAGGAGGCCGGGAGGAAGCUGGUGCACCCGCGGACCCUGAACGACUCGAGCGCCGAGCAGCUCGUGCAGGCAAUUGCCGAUGUGGAGGCCAAGACGCAGCCCACGACGGAGGCGCUCAGGAGCACGCUGGCAAGCGCUGAUGAGUUUGAAAUCACGGUUGAGGAGGGCGACCCGGAUUCUCACGAGGAAAUCAAGAAGUGGAGAAGAGGCCAGGUCAUGAAGCUGCGAGAGAAGGGCAAGCAGGUGCAGGCUAGGCUCGACAAGGCGGCUUCACAGGUAGCCAGGGCCAGAAGUAAAGCAGCGCAGAAGGAGUACGCAACCAUGGAGGACUUGCGUAGCAAGUUCGUGCUGUCUCUGCGCGCGGGCAUGGAGAAAGAGCAGAAGUCAGCUGAGGCCGUAUUUGUCGAUGCCGCUGGCGGUGCUGACUGCAGCGAGGUGUCCCGGGAGAAGUUCCUGGCAUUCGCCGCGAGCUCAUUGCCUGGGGCCGCGCUGGAGGAGGACAGGAGUGGGCCUGCAUUCUUCAGGCAUUUGAUCGCGGGAGGCGAUGGCGAUGUCUCCAUGUCCAAGGCAACUUUCUUGGACCUGUUGAAGCUCGUCUACAGAGUGGUCAAGCCGACGGUGCUGACGGAGACUCUUUCCAUCAAGUCCAAGGCUGCCAGGAGACUGGAGGUGGGCGAGGUUGUCGAGGCGCUGGAGGGACCUACCAUGGAUGAUUCUCUUGGUAAGACCACUGGUGUCGAACGAAUCAAGUGCAAGUCUUUGCUGGAUGGUGCCACAGGCUGGGUAACGAUCGCCGGCAACCAGGGUACGAAGUUCCUGGAGCUCGGCGGUGACUGUAUGAAGUGCGUCAAGGAGACCGCGCUCACAGACGGCCUCAGUGCUGCGGACAGCAAGACUCUGCGCAAGGUUCCAGUGGGCGAGAUACUGGAGGUGUUGGAGGCUAAGGUGAAGGAUGAGUCUUCUGAUGCCAUGAGGAUCAAAGCCAGGUCGAGAGUCGAUGGGACGAUUGGGUGGGCGACAGUCGAAGGCGAUGGUCACACCUUCCUGGAGCCGUCGUGA